GUUGAAGUUCAAACAAAUGAAGCAAGCUCUCCCUUUCAAAGACAAUUUUCAUCUUCCCUGUUUUUAUUCGUUGAUCACAGUUACCAUACUUGAAUAUUCCGGUAGAACAAAACCCUCGCAGACGACAUCCCCAAAGCACCACCGGCGCCACGACGACGACGACCACCUCCUGUACCUAGGUGUGAGUCCACUCCACCAACUGGGUGCGGGAAGCGAUAGGGUCUUAUUUAGUCAUUGCACUUACAUAAAACCCUAGUUGAUCUCUGCACUUUCCUUACAGAAUCUCCUUGAAAUCCCUUGAUCAGUUCGAUCAUUGAUUAAAAUGACGAUCUUUAAAGCAAGGUCAUUGUUUUCAAGAAGUUUUUCUUCUCUCUCGUCCCAUCCGUUGCGUGUCUGCGUAGUUGGAAGUGGGCCUGCUGGAUUUUACACUGCCGAGAAGAUGUUGAAGGCAAACAAGCAAGCAGAAGUCGAUAUCAUUGAUCGAUUGCCGACUCCAUUCGGAUUAGUUCGUUCUGGAGUAGCACCUGAUCAUCCUGAAACAAAGAUUGUGGUCAACCAGUUUUCUCGGGUGGCACAACAUGAGCAGUGCUCAUUCUUUGGAAAUGUGACACUUGGAUCCUCUAUUUCUCUAACAGAGCUCCGUGAGAUGUAUCAUGUGGUUGUGCUGGCCUAUGGCGCUGAAAGUGACAGAGUUCUCCACAUUCCGGGGGAGGUGUGUUGUACCAACAUGGGAUGCAUUUGGAAUUAUUACUUGGAGAUUAGUUCUCAAUGUGGAAUACUGCCUGCUAGGGAAUUUGUUUGGUGGUAUAAUGGGCAUCCAGACUGCAGAAAUCUGGCACUUGACUUGAAGAGCACCGAUACAGCUGUUAUUCUUGGGCAGGGUAAUGUGGCUCUUGAUGUUGCACGUAUCCUAUUACGACCGACAGUGGAAUUGGCGACAACUGAUAUUGCUGGGCAUGCUUUGACUGCUUUGAAGGAGAGCACUAUAAGGAAAGUGUUUUUGGUAGGAAGGCGUGGACCUGUACAGGCAGCAUGCACUGCAAAGGAAUUACGCGAAGUUCUUGGUAUCAAAGAUUUGUUUAUAAACAUUCAAGAAGCUGAUUUAGUUAAAACUCUGGCAGAUGAGGAAGAAUUGAAGGAUAAUCGAAUUCGAAGAAGAAUUUAUGAAUUGCUCUCUAAAGCAGCCAUUUCAGGACCUUCCUGUCCCUGUUCGGGUCAACGUGAACUGCACUUUGUUUUCUUCAAAAAGCCAGAUAGGUUUCUAGUUUCAGACAAUAGAAGUAACCAUGUUUCUGGUGUGCGUUUUGAGAAGACAAUUCUUCAAGAAAAUGGUGUUUCUGGGAAACGGAUUGCUGUGGGAACGGGAGAGUUUGAAGACCUUGAAUGCGGGAUGGUACUAAAGAGCAUUGGCUACAAAUCAGUACCAGUUGAUGGUUUACCCUUCGAUCAUCGCCAAGGAAUAGUUCCAAAUACUAGAGGUCGAGUUCUCAGUGAUUUGUUAGGUGAUCUUACACUAGUAGAGAAGGGUUUAUAUGUAUCUGGGUGGCUGAAAAGAGGACCAACUGGGAUCAUUGCCACUAACCUCUAUUGUGCUGAAGAAACUGUUGCAAGCAUAAUGGAAGACAUCAAACGAGGAGUAUUAGCAUCCUCAACGAGCUUGCCAAAACCCGGGAGGGAGGGACUUAUCCAGUUACUAGAUAGUAGGAACAUCAGAGUUGUACCAUUCAGUGCCUGGGAAAAGAUUGAUGCUGAAGAGAAGAGGAUUGGGAGUUUGAGAAAGAAGCCUAGAGAAAAAUUGGCAUGCUGGGAGGAGCUACAGAAAGUUGCCAUGAACUGAGUCAAGUUAUUUCGUUAAAGGGUUAUAUUUUCUAUUCUAAAUUAUUGAUUUUGUUAACUUUUUUUUUUUUUUUGGUUUUGAUAAUUUCCCUUUAUACCACUCUUUGUGAUGCCCCCCUUUUUUUGUGUAGCCAUGCAGCUAAAAAAGAGGCAGAUUUAUUUUGGAUUUAAAAAAAGAAAAGAUUACUCGUCAACCUUAAGGUACCUGAAAACUACAUUCCCCUACCCGAUUGAGAAUGUAUUUAAUCCUUGUAUUAUGCAUAAUGAGAAUAAAAUACAAUGAUUAACCCA